UUUUUUUUUUCUUUCUUCUUACUGCCUUUUAUAUCUUUACAUCUAUCACAGAAGAACAUUGAUUAUUCAUAAUGACUGAUGAAGAGAGAUGUCGUCUCUGUCCUGAACGCAAAUCAGAGACGGGGACAUGGAUCUGCUGCGAUGUUUGCGAAACAUGGUACCAUGUCCGCUGCUUGAAGUUGACACCCGAAGAAUUUGAUAUCAUUGACCAAUACCAUUGUGCAGACUGCAUACCCAAGGCUGGUCCUAGUACUUUGCUUCGGAAAUCCUCACGCAGAACUGGCAAGAUUAACUAUGCAGAUCUUGUGAAUGGUGUCGUUAGUCAUAAUAGUAAAUGGCGUGUUCUUCUGGAUUCCCAUCAAUUUCUUCCCGACAAGUUUGAGAGAGUCCAGGGAAGGGAUUUGACUUUGGACAGGCUUCGUGUCACUGGCUUUCGGUCACCUAUCAUUGUAAAGCAGAGUAUGGAUAGCAAUGACAAGAUAAAUGAGGAUUUAGACAUGAAGAUGCCGCCUUCAACCCUUACUAUAGAUGAUAUAUGCAAUGCAGUUGGGGUAGAUACUCCAGUCGAAGUGAUUGAUGUAGCGACACAAUCGGAACAAGCAGAUUGGACCAUGGGUUCUUGGGCAGAAUACUUUGGGGCUGAACGUCAUGAGAGAGUAUAUAAUGUCAUCAGUCUAGAGAUUUCAGGAACACCUCUAGGGGAGCAAAUUAAGAGGCCAGCCGUUGUCAGGGAGCUUGACUGGAUUGAUAACUUUUGGCCAGAAGCCUUGAAAUCGACAGAGUUUCCAAAGGUGCAACUUUACUGCUUGAUGAGUGUCAAAGACUCUUUCACAGAUUUCCAUAUUGACUUUGCGGGAUCUUCUGUAUUUUACCACAUUCUCUCUGGAUCAAAAAUAUUCUACUUUGUGGAGCCGACUCCAACUCAUCUGAAGAAAUAUGCAAAAUGGUCAUCCUCAUCCGAACAAUCGACGACAUUCUUUGGGGAUGAAGUCGCGGGCAAGUGUUAUAAAGUGGAGCUUCAACAGGGCGAUACGAUGCUAAUACCUGCUGGAUGGAUUCAUGCGGUAUACACACCAAUGUCUUCAAUCGUCAUUGGCGGUAACUUUGUUCACUCUUUACAUAUCCCCAUGCAGUACCGUGUCUGUGAUAUUGAAAUGGAAACCAGUGUAUCACCCAAGUUCAGAUUCCCAUUCUUUGAAAAGCUCAACUGGUUCGUAGCUCUUGGAUGCAUGACACGUGGUCAAGACUAUCUCUCAACACUUUCGCCUCUAGAGCUGCAAGGUCUCUUGGCCUUGACGGUUUAUCUCUAUAACAGACAUAGGAUGCUGAAGAAUGAGCCACACAAAAUCAUGAAGGAUGAGAGACAUAUGAUCAGGGCCAGUGUACCUACGGAAGCCUUUAGCUAUGCGAAUGGAGGGUUGAUGGGUUUGUUGCGUGAUUUAAAUCAAUUAAUCUGCAGCAUACUGGAAGGACCAAACGCAGACAAAACGACAGUAAUUUCCAUUGAUAAUGCUCUACGGCUCUUGACUGAGGAAGAAGAGCAACAACGAAACAAGGAAGAAGAAGAGCAAAAGGCUGCGAUAGAAAAUAAUAAACCCAGGAUCAAACUGAGGAUUAAACUGAAUUCGACCACAUCCUCUACAAACUCUGGAGACGAGGAUUCGAUCGAACAACAGGUCCCAAACUCUGCGACCUGUACAAUCACUACGUCUUCCUCCAACACACCUCCUAUCGCUUCGCCAACUAUGCUUGCUACCUCUACUACUGUUAUUACUCCUCCAAAGAUCAAAUUAAAGAUCCCACUCCUAUCAUCUGCCAAGAAAUCGAGGAAUCAGAACGGAAAGUCGGGUCGCGCUGUUCGGUCGCGGAAAAAGCCCGAUUCAGACAUAUAUGAGAGCGGCAACGAACUGGAUGACCUUUCUGGGAGUGACUCUGAUCCGGAUCAACAACCUACUUCUGACGAAGAGUGGAAUGCAUCCGAGAAUCAUACCGGUGAAGGAUUAGAUGAAGCCAAGGAUAAUGAUGAAGACGACGAACUGGAGGAUGAGGGUUGUAGGGAGGAUUUGAGAUCUUCUGAUUCAGAAUACGAUGAGGGAGGGAAGCGCCCUCGCAAGUCUAGAAGAACAUCCGGAUCUUUGUCUCGUCCAUUAAAGGGAACAGGCCAUAUCAAAUCCGCCUCACUGGUCACUGCUUCUGACAACAUUACAAACUCAACCAUCCACUAUCGGAUUAAGGUCAACUCCUCUGAAACAGUGUAUUUCGGUGAUGAUAAAGACACUGCUGAUGACUGUCAGAGAUCACCGAACCAUAUCGAUCACCGUCCCUCAAAGCGGGACAGCGAUGAGGAAGAUGAAGUCGUGCUGGGUCUUGGAAAGAAGCGCAAACUCACACCAAAGCAAUUUUCUGCCUUACUUACACCCACUUCUUCUGGUGGAUCCUCUUCAGUUACUUCGACUUCCGCAGCAAAGAAGAAGGCAGCAUUGGGCGUUACUGCAAAAGAUCGCAUCAGAAAUAUACUGAUGAAGCGCCGUUAAAUUUUUUUUAUCGCUAUUAUAUUGCUGUCGUAGCGUACUCUGUAAAUAUUAUAUCUUUUCUUCAUCAAUUUGUAUUGCGGAUAGAACAAUGAACUAAAGCU